UAUUUUACUAAAAUCUUAAUUUAACAUUUCAGUUUACCUUAACAAUGGCUAUCCUUAAGCAUUUCUUCCCAUUUCUAAUGCUGAUUAUUUACUUGACUUCAGUGACAGCUGAUACACAAAUAUACAUUGAUAGUCCAAUCAUUGAUCGACAUUCACCAUUCUAUGAUGAUAUCAAUGGUGCAGGACCCAUGUAUGUAGAAGGAGGCAAGCCGAUGGCUAAAUCAGAUGCAAAAUCAAAAUGUUGCAAUAACCAUCCUAAACUUGGGAAAUGUAUUCCUGGGGAAGAUGAUAACCCUGACAAAGAUGGAAAAUGUUGGAAUUACUGCAUUGCUAAUUGUGAGAGAGGAGGUGUUUGUAAACUGAUGUCGGGUGGUCACCAUGAAUGUCAUUGUGUUUAUUAAUUUCCAAUUUUCAUCCAAAUAAACUAAUAAAUCAUAUGUCGGCAUAGUUAUGAGAUAA